AUUCCGCUGCAGAGCUCUCCUGCAUAAGGCCACAGUGAGUUCAUUUCUUCGUUAGUGGGAACAGUUCACAGAAGGACUCGCAGCACCAUGCUAAGAGCAAAAGAAACAUCUCAUGUCACGAGGGGAACAUGGUGACUUAGAACUGUGCACACGGUUUUCUUAGGUCACGAUGCACGGUUUGAGGCCAGGAUGUGACGUGAAGCCACCACUGGCUUAGAGGCUCAGAGAGUUUUGAGCUCACCUUCCAGGUUCACUGCUUAGUUGUCGUGUGACCUUGGGCCUGUUCCUCGGAGUCUCUGAGUGUCAGUUUCUGAGUCUGUAAAAACGGGGAUUAUGAGAGCGCCUGUGUCUAGGGUGGCUAUAUGAACGGACUGAGCUAAAUGCUGAGACUGUUGCUAGUGAAGACAUCCCAGCAAGACUUGAUCAGUGUUUUCUGGCUAUACAGUUAAAGCAGGGGUUGAAUUCCACAAAUCAAAAGCCAACCCUCUUUAGAGAACCAACUCUCUAGCACAGCCAGGGCCCCAGGCUGCUCUGCGGAGGAAACUGGAGAAAGCAGACUACCCUUUCUCCUUGGGCCCGCUCACAAACUGCUAGCCAAGCAUUGGAGCCAGACAGUUGCUUCCCGCCUUUUCUGCACAGAACCCAGAGCUGGGGAUGUGACAGCUGCCCAUGGUGCUCGCUGCGUUUCUCUCUGGGAAUGGCAGAGAUGAGAGGGUUGCUGCUGGUCCUGCUGUACGUGGCCCGCUCGUCUUCUGCCAUUUGCGGCAUCCAGAAAGCCAACAUCAAGGACGAGUCCAAGGAGAACCUCGUGAGCAGCACCGAGUUCCCCUGGGUGGUGUCCAUACAGGACCAAGAGUACACCCACCUGACAUUCGGCUGCAUUCUCAGCGAGUUCUGGAUCCUCAGCAGCGCCUCCGCUCUCCAGGACAGGAAGAAGGUCAUUGCUGUUGUCGGUAUAGCGAACAUGGACCCCAGAAAGGUUGAUCACACUGAGUACCCAGUCAGCACCAUCAUCCCCCACGAGAACUUCAUUAACAGCUCCAGCAGCAAUGACAUAGCCCUCCUGAGGACAGAAUCUGCCAUACACUUCGAUGACAUGGUCAAGGCCAUCUGCUUCCUGGACAAAAGGCUACAGAAACCACCAACCUUGAAGAACUGCUGGGUGGCAGGAUGGAACCCCACGUCUGCAACAGGAAAUCACAUGACAAUGAGUAUCCUGAGGAGAAUCUCCGUGAAAGACAUUGACCUGUGUCCUUUACAAAGAGACCAGAAAACAGAAUGUGCCAGUCACACGAAUAAGGAAUACAAAGUUUGCCUGGGGGAACCAGGAAGCCCUGUGAUGUGCCAAGUAAAGAAGCUGAAUCUCUGGGUCCUCAAAGGAAUCAUGACCUAUGGAGGCGACUCGUGCCCUGGCAUGUUUCUGUAUACCAGUGUGGAAGACUACAGUGAUUGGAUCAUGGCCAAGGCGAGGAAGGCUGGCACUUCCCUGUCCUCGCUCCAGUCCUGGGAGAAGUUGCCCCCUGAGUUCCUUUUUGACGAAUCAAAUAUUGCCCGGACAAAGAAUGCGUAUUCUGUACAUGGCCAUGCUGAACGGCCCCAAUCCCAUUCCCAAGGACCAAAAUUGUCCACUGUGCACAACCAGUCAACAGACAAUGGGGAGAACUUCAGGGCAAAUGGUCUUCAGGAAUCAGGCUGGCCUGCAAAAGUGGCCAUUGAACCCAUGUACUACGACUACUACGGGGGGGAGGCGGGGGAGGAAGGGGUUGUAGCUGGCCAGAGCAGGCUGUGUUGGCCCCAAGAAAGGAUCUUGAUGUCCCUCGUGCUUGUUUCUUGGGCAGCGGUGUCUAGCUAGCAGCUAAUCUCCCCACAGACAAGAAGCUCGGAGCGCCCGGGGCUAGGCGUCCACGGUCCUGUUCUGGGGUCCGCUUUUGAUAGGUGCCACCUGGGAGACCACAGGCAGGCCCACAGCAUCACUGGGCUGGCUCUCCCUGCUCUGUCCCACUCCCAUAUGUGGGAAGGUCACUUCGUUUACGCUUGUGAACUAAAUGUGGGCUAACAAGUAUCAAACCGUUA